ACGUCGCGCUAGUACCGCGUACCCUCCGUGUCCGUUCGGUAGGCUUUUUAGCGGUCCUUCGAGCCGGAUUUUUAGUGAAUUUUUGUAAAAUGGAAUAAGAGUGGAGUGAGUUAGGAUUUAGCAUGAGUGAUAAGGAUGGAGUUCAGGAUCCAAAAGGAUCGUCCCCAGACUUGAUGCCCAGUAUUAUGGGCGCGUUCGAUGCCUACUUGAAUCGAGAUUCUGAAACUUCGUUCAAAACGUCAACCCCAAAACGUACGCAUCAAUUCAGCAAUUUCACUCAUCUGUCGCCGUGCGUCCAAAAAAUACUCAGCAACGUGCCUGAGCAAGAAGUGAAUAAAAAGUUUUACUCAGAAGAGACCUUAAGUACCAGAAGGAACCGGUACGGAUAUAGGAGUCUUAGAACGACAACCGAUAAUAAAAGCCAAGAGAAUCUAGACUAUAAUAUAUCGCCAGGCGUACAUAAAAUGAUCUCAAAUUUGCAGGAUUCAGAGUUGGUGAUAAAAAAUAGGAACCAUUCGUACUUGUUUCCGCGUGGAUCUAAUGGUAUAAGUGAUAAAAAAAGUGAUAUUUGUGAUUUAAGUGAUAAUGUUGUGAAUAGUGAAGGGUAUGUUCCUGUUCCUUUAGGAAGUUAUCUGCAUUCUGAUAAGGGAAUUGCUUCCAGGACGCCGGUUGGACGUAAAAAUAUGGGGAAAUAUUUGCAGAUUCCUAGUGAAAGUUCCACCGGCGGUAUAACCAACAGCACUGCCUCAUCUUCAGAAGUCUCCAGGCCUGUUUCUUUGACUAGUUUGGGCUCGUGCUCAUCAUCGGGCAGUAGCAACGGACAUUUGCACCAUCACCAGCCUGAAUCUGCCUAUCUAGCUUCAGCAGAAAGUUUGGACAGCGAUCCGGAACCUGGAGGAAUCAGGCAAGGUUCGGCUGACAGCGGGAUUGCGGAACAAGAACAACCCUCCAUUAAUCCAGAGCAACGAGUACUGCAGGAAGUGCUGGACACUGAAACUGUGUACGUGGCUGAUCUCCAAGAAGUCAUACAGGGGUACUUGGAACAAUGGAGAAGCGACCCGGAUUGCCCUCUUACUGAAUAUCUUCCGGAUUUGUUCACUAAUUUAGAAGAAAUUUGCGAAUUUAGUAGAAAAAUCCUAGAAGAUCUACGCAUAUCAAAUCUAGACCCCACCAAAACAGCGAACGUGUUCCUUCAGCACGAUGGAGGCUUCAAAGUGUACAACGCCUACUGUGCCAGGUAUCCGCGUACCAUGGAGGUACUGGGCGUUCUUCAGAGAGACCAAAUAAUCGCUCCGUUGAUUAGGGAGAAACAAAUGCAGCUUGGACACGCAUUGCCUUUGGGCAGUUACUUAUUGAAACCUGUCCAGAGGAUUUUGAAGUACCAUUUACUUUUGCAGAGACUAUCGAAGCAAUGCGAGCCUCAACACAAACCCACUGUCGAUUUAGCGCUAGCAACAAUGACCGCAGUAGCUUCGGACAUCAACAACAUGAAACGGAAGCACGAACACUCUGUCAGAGUGCAGGAAAUUCAAUCUCAGCUUUACGGUUGGACCGGAGCAGAUCUAACCACACUGGGCGAACUUAUUGUGGAAGGAACUUUCAGGGUACAAGGAGCCAAGGGACGAAGACACGUUUUUCUUUUUGAAAAGGUUUUGCUGUUGGCCAAAAGUAGGACUGAAGGCGCUUUGGCCUAUAAAACCCAUAUUGAGUGUUCCAACUUGAUGCUAGUAGAACAAGUCCGUGGUGAUGUCCUAUCCUUUCAAGUAUUACCGUUCGACAACCCUCGCCUACAAUGCACUCUCAGGGCCAGAUCUGUGCACUACAAAAGGGAGUGGACUAUGCAAAUCAAGAGAGCCAUCCUGGAAAAUUACAGCGCUGUCAUUCCGAACCACGCACGUCAAUUGGUCAUGCAAUUAGGACAGGACGUUACUGAAACUGAUGAUACUUCCGAAAAAUGGUUACCGCUCAAACACAACUCUACCACUCCUCACUAUUUGGAGAAGCGCACCAGAGUGAGAAAGACACGAGGAGAUUUUUCCAAGGACAGAUCAAUUUCCCAAGAUCGAACGUUCACGUCGUUCGGCAGUUGGCGCAGAAAAUCUGAACCGAUGAUCCCGCAACAGUACGACAACAAAAUUGUUACAACCAAGAUCUCCAAAUUGAAAAAAACCAAGGAAAAUGGUAGUUCGACGUUUUACACUGACCUGUCAGAUUCUGAGACGUGCGAACUAGCCUCCGAAUCUGUGGAGAGUCUCGAUGUCACUCGACCUGAGCAGGAUCAUCAGAAAAAUGACGAUAUUAGUCCAAAGACUAUUGAAAAAAUUGUUUCCGAGCUUCUGAUGCAAAAUCAGGAGUUCCAUAAGGUGUUUAACAGGGGGUCGAACAAUCAGCAUCAGAACCAGAGCCAACGCCAUCCGAGACGGAACGUGACGAGCGAACCGGGUCCGAUCUGGUACGACGAGAGCCGACUUCUGACUCAGCUUCCGAGCAAAGCUGACUCGUUGCCGCGCUCGUUCCAGCUCAACGAUCCUGGCUUACAAGGGGAGGGAGACGUUAAGAAAAGGACCGCUGGGGAGUUUGACGAGACGCAACGGGAAAAUGAAAUGUCAUCACGCCUUCUGGACGAUACCCAAGCCAAUCCACAUCCGGAAUACAAAAUCUACCGUAAAACGCCUCUGCGUCUUAGCAUGUUACAACGUCUGCGCAUGAUCCUGUCCGAAGAGCAGCGUCGCAAACAUCCUGUCCAAACCCAACCCAAAGGCUGGAAUAAAAGUACUGGUGAGAAACUGGCCAAUCCGGACUACGUCGAUCCGCAAACGUUAUUCGUCAGUAAUGGUCAUGUGACUUCCAAUCAAGUAAACGGGUCCAACAAUGAACAAGAUUUAAUGGGCGAAAGGGUUGAGUUGGAUAUGACCUUGAACCCUGAAGUACUUAAAGAGUUUGACUUGAGACUGAAAAGGGAUAGCAAUACUUCCCACCAAUCGAUAAACUCAUCUCAUCAAUCAGUAAACUCAUCCCACCUCCAAUUAAACAGCCCUCACCACUCACCACACUCUUCCCACCACUCACCAAGUGACAGCUACUAUGAAAGCAUUCUAGAAACGUCAUUAACAGAAGAAUAUGUCAAAGAUUCGGUUACAGGAAAACUGGUUGUCAAAUCUGACAGUUUCACAGAUAGUCACCGAUCGCAAGCCGCUAAACCGAUUAUAGUGAAACGGCCCACCAAUGCUCCACCACCGAUUCCAGUCAAACCCUUGAGGUUAACUAAACUACAAGCUUGCCAUAUCAACAGUUGUAAUAGUAAGCCAAUGGAUAAUAAGGGUGGGGUUAAUGGUGGGCAAACUAGUUGGGUUCGGGCUAUGGUGGGCAGGUUUGAAUAACUAUAAUGGACGCUGCACUCAACGCACUCACUAGUGAGUGAUAAGAAACCAUGACUUUUUUUUACAUCAUCAAAAGUGAUCAUAUUUCUUUAACAAUUCCUGAACUUUGUUUAUAAAAACAACAAUUACACAGUACAGUGAAUAAUAAGAAAACUUGAUACUUGCCCACAUAUUGUGUGUCAUAAAAAGUGACCCAUAUCUCUGACAAAAUUCCAUGCUCACCGCGCCUAAUUAACGUACAAAAUGGAAACACUCUUAUGUUUCUUGACAAUAAAUAAUUAUCACAUAAGGACCAAUACAGUCUGCUAAAAAGUGGAAGUUAGGCGGUUUCACAUGCUCUGCAAUUGUGAUUUAAAUUUGAAAUCUCAAUUGCAGCUUCGACCUUUUUGUGAUUACUUUAUAAUUUACAUUUACUGACAGUUUAUGGACCAAAAUUGUUAUACCUCAACAGAGCAUGAGAAAUCGUCAUUUUUUAACCGUUCUAGGUUUUUUGACAUUUUUAUUAGAGUAUGUUUCAGCAAAAAAUGGUUUUGAUUUGGUUGGAAAAUCAAUAAAUGUCUGAAAUUUACUCAAUAACUUCAUAAGCGCAACUAGGCUCCAAAUUUGAGGGGUGCUGCAGCACCAUUUUUUUUUUUUUUUUAUGGAGUUUGAUGGAAAGGAAAUGUGACGCGUAAAAAAAAGUUAGUUUCACGAGGGUUUGUACUUACGUCAUCAUUUGCCUUUUUUCUGAAAAAUAGGUUUUUUAAUGUCCGAAAUUUCGAACAAACAUAUAGUUCGUUGCACGGCACGCAGGUUUUUACUUACGUCAUAACUUAGAGAAAAAGUCAGGUCAUAGAUUAAUUCAUGGAGCACCUUCGGAAUUAGUGUUUUGUAAUACAUUUUUUAACUUAGAAUAGAGUUUAUUUAGUUAUCUGAAAAUAUAUAAAUAAAUUUCUCUUGGAGUGAUUUUUCACUGGAAAAUUUUGAAAUUUUCCUCUAAUGAGCUCCUCACUUUCCUCUUUCUCUUGUGAAAGUUUCAAAAUUUUCCAGUUGCCAGUUUUCUAGAAAAAAAUUAAAAUGCAAGAGGUGAAUUUUCCUUAAUUUUGCCUAUAUAAGUCAAUUUUCUUUGAAUUUUUCCUGGAGUGAUUUAUCACUGGAAAAUUUCGAAAUUUCCCUAUAAUUAUUCUCCUCACUUUUCUCUUUUUCCUGGAAAAUAUUCAAAAUUUUCCCUUUGCCAGUUUUCCAAAAAAAACUUUUUCUACAAACAUGUUAAAAAUACAAUUUUUAACACCGCCCCGAAGCAUUAAAAAUGUUACUUUAUCGCACUAGUGCCAUAAAGUCUUUAUAGCACUAGUGUUAAAAGUGAAACAUCAAAUUUUGAGAGCGGACGUCAAAAAAAGUUUGUAUUUUCAGUUAUUUACAUUGAUAAUAAUGGUGAAAUUUGAACAACUGAGGUAGCCCGAUUGGCCGCCUCAUCUAUAUUUUUCGAAGGAUCGAUGCAACUCUCUUUUUCUUCUGUAUUUUGUUGCACUUUUAGCAAAAAGCAUUCCUGACCACGACAUACUUUCAAGAAACUGACAAGACAUUUCGUUACCUGUAAAACAAGGUGCUGGUUGUAUGGAUUUUUUGACAAAUGUCAAAUUCAAGAAUUUUAUAUAGGAAAGAUGCUUCCAAUUUAUUAUUCAUUUAAAAAUCCAAUUUGUUAGUGGUUAUUGCUUUUUAUUGCCGUUUGUAGAAAAAAUAUUGUAUGAUAUUUGUGUUAAAAGUAUUUUUAAGGCACUUAUGUGAAUUGCAGAAUUCGCUUCGCUCAUUCUGUAAACUUUCACAUGCGUGCCUUAAAAAUGUACUUUUAACACUUAUAUCAUAAAUAACUAUUAAAUGUGAAAGGGUGAAUUUGCUUUAAUUUUGCUUUAAUAACUCAAUUUUUCAGAAUUUUUCCUCGAGUAAUUUUUCACUAGAAAUUUUUGAAAUUUUCUUACAUUGAGUUCCCCACUUUUUUCUUCUUCUUCUGGAAAAAUUCCACAAUUUUUGCUUUGCCAGUUUUCCAGAAAAAAAAUUAAAUGUGAAAGGAUGAAUUUUGCUUAAAAAAGUCAAUUUCCAGAACUUUCCUAUCGACUUUCCUUGGAGUGAUUUUUCACUAGAAAAUUUUGAAAUUUUCCUAUAAUGAAUUCCUCAUUUUCUUCUGGAAAAAUUUCACAAGUUUUGCUUUAUCAGUUUUCCAGAAAUAAAUUAAAAUGUGAGAGGAUGAAUUAUCCUUAAUUUUACUUGAAAAAGUUACGAAAAUUCUGGAAAUAAAUCACGGAAAUUUAUUAACGAAUUGCAAAAAUCGAAAAAACCUAUUAUGAUUUUCAAAAAGUUAGAAAAUAACAAGAAUUACAAGAAUCAGGAAUUACAAUUACAAAAAUUAUAAAGACCUUUGGGAAAUUAUAAAAUUUCCAAAAACGUCCAAGAAAUUUAAAAAAUUACGACAAUUGAAAAUUGAAUUGAAAAUUACGAAAACUAUCAAAGUUACGAGAACUAUAAAAAAUUACGGGAAUUACGAAAAAGUUACGGGAAUUACGAGAAUUAGAAAUUAAAUUUACAAAAAUUACAAAGGCUUUCGGGAAAUUAUACAAAUUUUGAGAAAUGCUCAGAAUUAAUACGGAAAAACGUGAAAUUAUAAAAAUAACGAAAUUUUCUGAGAAACUACGGGAAUUAAAAAAUUAGGAAAAUUUGAAGAACAACAGGAAUUGAUAAAAAAAUUAUAAGAAUUAUUUGAGAAAUAACAGAAAUUAAAAAAUUUCUGAAGAAAAAUUACGAGAAUUACGAAUCUUCGAGAAUUACAAAAUUUGCUAUAAUGAGUUCUUUAUUUUCUUCUUUUUUUGGAAAAUUUUCACAAUUUUCCUGCCAGUUUCUAAAAAAAAUCAUAACGUAAGAUGUAAUUUUGCCUAAAAAAGUCAAUUUCCCAGAAUUUUUCGUGGAGUGAUUUUUGACUGGAAAAUUUUGAAAUUUUUCUAUAAUGAGCUUUUCGCUUUUCUUUUUCUUCUGGAAACAUUUCACAAUUUUCCUUCUGCCAGAUUUCUAGAAAAAAAUUAAAAUGUAAGGGGAUGAAUUCUCCUUAAUUUUGCUUAAAAGUUAGUUUUUCAAAAUUUUUCCUGGAGUGAUUUUUUACUGAAAAAUUUUGAAAUUUUCGUAAAAUGAGCUUCUCAUUUUCCUUUUAUUACUGGAAAAUUUUCAAAAUUUUCCCUUUGCCAGUUUUGCAGAAAAAAAUUAAAAUGUAAGAGGUGAAUUUUCCUUAAUUUUACUUGAAAAAGUCAAUUUUUCAGAAUUUUUCCUGGCGUGAUUUUUUACUGGAAAAUUUUGAAUUUUCGUAAAAUGAGCUCCUCAUUUUCCUCUUAUUCCUGGAAAAAUUUCAAAAUUUUCUCUCUGCAAGUUUUCCAGAAAAAAAUUAAAAUGUAAGAGGGUCAAUUUUUUUUAAUUGCUUAAAUAAGUAAACUUUUUAGAACAUAUUUGAGAUUUCAGUCGUAAAAAAAAGAAUCAUCCUUUGUCGUUUGUACAUGAUAUUUAGGAACACCCUGUAUAAUUCGUAGUUAAUUAAUUUAUAUAUUUGGGACUCUAAUGAUUUUUUGAGAGCCGGUAUUUCAAUGUCACCUUAAGAUAUAGAAUAAACACAGACAUUGACAACAUUGUCUGACCUUGUUCGAUGACGUCAUCCUAAAUAUAACAUAAAAACCCUAUACUUUAGGGUAAGUCUUGAUUUUAGGGUAAUAUUGUAAUACCGGCCCCGGUUGAAACAUGUUGUUCCAUAACAGUAAUAAUUGCCAACGUGCUCUAUGAAUUAAUAAACGACAAAUACUUUUUUCUAAAUUAUGACGUCAUCGAUGGCGUAAGUAAGUACAAAAACUGCAAAAAAAAAUAAAAUAAUUUGGUUGUACUAAUUUUUUAUAUGAGUGUUAGGUAGUGCUAUGGUGGGAUGCCGAAUAGGAGUGCUAAUUUUUGCUUAGGUGUGCUUAGCACCCCCCUAGUUGUGCCUAUGAAUAACUUUCUCCAAGGUUGAUGCAAAUACUUGUAUUUAUUUUUCUUUAUUAAUGUCAGAAUUUGGCAGUUUUCAAAUGGACAUGUGUCGCUAAUAUCGUUAUUUGUUCGAGUAAGGGUCAAAUUAUGGACCAACUGGUAAGUGUCUGGUUGUUACCUAGCAGGUACUUUCUAUUAUCUACAGCAUAGAAAGUACCUGCUAGGUAACAACCAGACGUUUACCAGUCAGUCCAUAAUUUGGCCCUUACUAGAGCCAAAAUAAUGUUUGGUGACAAGUGAACUUUCUUGAAAAUGUCAAAACUUUUAGGUAUUAUAUGCCGAAAAAAAACUGGGAUAGCAGAAUGUAGUGUAUUCUCCUGGACUAUUAGCUUUUUUGAAGUUAUCAUCAGUUUCUUUAUUAUAAAAUAUUAUAUUAUAAUUUUCGUUAUAGCCUAUAGGAGCUACUCUACAACAAUAAUUUUGUCCCAGAUUAUUUUUGGCACAAUGGUACCUACUUAUUUGUCUUUAUUAUGAUCAUGUGCUAUACUAGGGGCUGUUUUAUGUUUUAUAAUAAUUUUAUUCCAAUAUAAUAUAGUAUUUUAAAAUUACCCUCUUCUUAAUUUAUAGAGGGUUCCACUACAUAAAGUACUUUUUUUAGACUUUAAAUAUAAUAACAUUUAUUAAGUCUGAACAAAUAUUAUAAUUUAAGGUUUCGUAUUUUGAAUGUGGCGGUAUUCAGACACUUUGUUGAUUGUCAACUGUUAAAAUAAAUAAAGUCUGUUUGAAAAAAAAAAAAUACAUUAUUGAUAUGUUGGCAACACAAGGUCUUUCCAUGUAAAAAAUUCCACCACAUUGACAGUUCAACAUUAUAUUGCCAACAUAGCUAAUAUUAAUAAUAUCAGUUAGACCUUCUCCAAGCAGAUCUGAACUUUUUCUUACAACUGCGUUGUGAUUAUUCAUCAUUUUCAUGGCAAUGUAGCAUGUAGCUCCCAUGUAUCGAGUAUUAGUUAGUUUCCAGAUCUUCCUGAAGAAGGCAUAAAUUAAACCUUUUCAAGCAAUACUUUGACAUGAUAGUUGACAGACAAAAAGUGUCGAUAACGUCAAUAAUGAACUUAUUUUUUAAGACAAAAGAAUUGAAAUGUGCCAAAUAGUGUAUUUUAGAGACACAAAAUUUUAAAUUAUUAUUGUUGAUUCUAAGCCUACUAAUUAUUAUUUGUAAAUAAACGUUAAAUAAAAUAGUAUUUAAAAAC